AUGCCGCAACCACUCCGCCCCUUCGGCCUGGAGCGGUGGAAUGACCUGGGGCUGGGCUACACCACCACCCAGGGCCUGGAGGUGCUGCGGGAGGAGAUCGCCGCCCGCCACUUCACCAAGACGGGAAAGGACGACAUGCUCCUGGACGCCCCUGGCGAUGCCAUGUACGUCGCCAUGCGGGCCCUGCUCAGGCCCGGGGACCACGUCAUCUGCACCUUCCCCGGGUACCAGUCUCUGUACGAGACGGCGCUGAGCAUCGGCUGCGAGGUCACCCACUGGGAGGCGCAGGAGACGGCGGAGGGUGUCCCCGUGUUUGACCCCGCCUCCCUGCUCACCCUGGUCCGCCCCGCCACGCGCAUGAUCACCGUCAACUUCCCGCACAACCCCACCGGCUUCCUGCCGAGCCACGAGGAGUGGGCACGGGUGGUGGCCGCCGCGAGCGGCGUCGGCGCCUACCUCUUCGCCGACGAGAUGUAUCGGGGGCUGGAGGCGGAGGCGGCGGACCGCCUGGUCCCCGCCGCCGACGCUUACGAGCGCGGCAUCAGCCUGGGCGGGCUCAGCAAGUCGGUGGGCCUGCCGGGCCUGCGCAUCGGCUGGCUGGCCUGCCGGGACCCGGAGGUGAUCAAGCGUGCGCUGGAGGUCAAGGACUUCACCACCAUCUGCUCCAGCGCGCCCUCCGAGAUCCUGGCGCUCGCGGCGCUCCGGCGCUGGGACCUGCUCAUGCACCGUCAGCUGGGCAUCCUGCGUACCAACGCGGCCGCGCUGUGCCGCUUCGGCGAGCGCUGGGCGCGCCUGCUCGGGGUGUACGCCACGCGCGGCGGGACCAUCGCCUUCCCCAAGGUCCUGGUGCCGGGGUUGUCGGUGGACGCGCUGGCCGACGGGCUGCUGGAGGAGGAGGGGGCGCUGAUCAUGCCGGGGUCGGUGUACGAGGCGCCGCAGCACGCCCAGCGCCUCCGCCUGGGUUUUGGCAGGGCCAACUUCCCGGAGGGCUUGGCGGCGUUCGACAGGUACCUGGAACGCCACUACGGCGAGUAUGCCGUGGUGUCGGAAUGA